CCUACACGCACGACACCCAAAAUAAAGGACGUGCUGUGCCGCAAAUUUGGCGGGAACGAGGUGUACCCUGGCCUCGGUUCCGGGUUUGAGGAUUUUAUCCUUGAAUACGAGCAAGCGAUCUCCACCGAGUCGCUCCUCAACCACUCGAUUUGGACCUCACAGAUCAAGGCGUCUGUGCUGGUUAACUUCUUGGAGGACAAAGCCGCGCGAUUCUUCCACUCAAACGUGACGCAGUGGCGCGUAGAAAAGGCGGACUUCAACUACAUCGACUUCAAGGCUAAGCUCUGUGCUGAGUUAGGGUGCAAGUUGAACCAAGUGCAACUGUACAAGCGCUUGACGUCCUCCAAGCGUCCACAAGACUCGUGGACCGAAUUCCUGGACUACUUGAAGUAUGUGAACCGUCUCAUGACAGGCGAUCACAGUCUGUUACUCUUGGAAACGUUCUGUGUACACGCUUGUCCGGAACUAUCCAAUACCCUAACCGCCCAAAUCGACCGCUCCAACCUCAAUUACCUGUUGGAAGCUGAUCGCAUCCUGUCCCUCUUAGUGGACCUACGCGGUGAC